AUGGUCAAUUUGAAAACUUUUGGGGACACAAGAAUUGAUCUUCAGCUAGAUGAGCAGGGCCGGAAUCAUACUAGGGCCCACAACAACAAGCUCUUUGAAUUCCUUGUUGACAACCACAAUGAUUUCGAUGCUGAUGCUGUACACAGCGCUGAUGGAUACACUUCACUGCUGACGGACUUCGAGUUCUGCUCUCUCCUCGCCACAUUCAACUCCGUGUUUGCCUACUCCGACGUGCUCUUUGGGAUCUUGCAGAAUAAGGAGUGUGACAUGCAGUUCUGUUUGUCCAGCAUCGAGGACUUUUGCAGCACCAGAGAGAGAGAAAAGGCAAAAUUUGACUCCAUCUAUGAGGACACUGUGCGUGAAGUUGGGGUUCCCAGCGGGCGCAGGGCACGGAGAGUUGGAGAUGUGCACGCAGCGUACCAGCGGCUGCACAGUGAAAUCCUGGACAACAUCCUCACUCAGCUGAGGAACAGGUUCAAGGAUCAUGAAAAACUCAUGUUCCUUGCCCUUCUGGACCCCAAGAAGUUUACCUCAUACAGAGAAAACUUCCCCAGCUCUGAGUUCCAGAGCCUCACGGAAAGCUACGGGCUGCAUUUUGACCCCCCCAGGCUCAAGACUGAACUGACGGUCAUGUACAACAUGGAAAACUUUGAGGUGAGGAGCCCACCAGACCUGCUGCUCUUUCUGACUCUUACAGAGCCGACUGAGAGCAUGCCGCAGCUGUAUCACCUCACCUGCCUGGUGCUGACCGUCCCCGUGUCCACCUCCUCCGUGGAGCGGUCUUUCUCGGCUCUGAAGCGCAUCAAGACGCACGCUAGGAACAGUACUGGACAGGAUCGCCUGGGAGCUUUGGCACUGAUGUCCAUAGAGAAAGGACUUCUUUUGGAGCUCAAAUCAAAGGACAAACUUUAUGACGCCGCCAUCGCCCACUUCACAAAGAGAGACCGACGAAUGGACUUUGUGUUUAUUUAAGUGAAGGCCCAGCUGUAGUGCUC